ACCACUUGUCUCUCUCUCCUUUUCACAACUCUCAUUCUCUCACUAUAUAGCCCCUGGAUAAUGGAAAUGUGUUUAGUUUCAAUUCCUUUCUUUUUCUUCUACUUUCCCUUUGCCUUACUUACCACUGAAAACAAUGAAGGAGUCCAAACAUGAGGCUUUCACACUCUCUUUCACCCUGCUUCUCAUGCUGCUGGGUUUGGCAUCCAGUGAUGUGAACCAAGACAAAGCGGAAUGCACUGAUCAGCUAGUCGGGCUUGCUCCAUGUCUUCCAUACGUUGGUGGACAGGCCAAAGCCCCCACCAUGGAUUGUUGCGGUGGGCUGAAACAAGUGUUGGUUAAGAGCAAGAAAUGCCUGUGUGUGUUGAUUAAAGAUAGAGAUGACCCCAGUCUUGGCCUCAACAUCAAUGCUAGUCUUGCUGCAACCCUCCCUCACACUUGUCAUGACACUGUUAACAUUACGGAAUGCAUCUCCCUUCUGCACUUGGCACCCAACUCCCAGGAAGCUAAGUUAUUCCAAGGAUAUCAAAAGCUGACAGAGAAGCAUUCCACAUCCCCACCUGCGAGUGGUAACUCCACAAGCAGUGCUGCAGAGAAGAGUGAUGGAGGAAUGGGAAAGAAGCGCGUGGGAGUAGUAGAGAUAGCUGUCGGAUUUUCACUAUGGGUUUUCCACAUACACCAAAACUCUGUUGUGUGAAUGAUAGAAGUUUACACGCAGCUGCGGCUAUGUUUGUUAUAUCCAUAAUUUAAGAGUUUGGACCAGGAUCCAGUUAUGUUUUUAUCUUAAAUUCCUUUUUAGUUUGUCUUUGAUUUUUUUUUUUGCAAUUAUAUAUUCUUAUAUUUAAUGUGUUGAUAUUCAUGGUGAGUAAGCACAUCAUUUUAUGAUAUGAAAAAGUUUUUUGGUUUGCA